AUGGCUGUUGUUACAUCACAAUGUUCUACAAUAGAUCUAUUCAUUGAUUCAUCAAAUAAACCAUAUACUCAUCUUAAUAAUAAUGAAUGGUCAUCAUAUACAAUAGAUCCAAUAAUAGAAUCAAUUAAUAUUGAUGAAUUACCAAUAAAAUCAAUCAAUCAUGAAAUCACUUUAUCUAAUUCAAUCAAUAAUUGUUCUAUAGAAACACAAUUAUAUAAUGAAGAAGAGAAACUAUUAACCCAAUCUUUAAUCAAUAAUAAUCAAAAUAAUAAUACUACUAAUAAUAGUAAAGUAUUCAAUGAUUCAUAUUAUGAUCGAGAUCUAUUACAUAAUUCAUAUUUUUAUAAUAAUAAUUAUUAUUAUGAUCUUGAUUAUGAUUUAAUGGAUCCAACAAUAACCCCAACUUUUAAUCAUUCAUCUAUAAUCAAUCGAGAUUAUACAAGAAAUACAAGAAAAAUUGAUAAUGAUCCAACUAUAUUAUUAAGUUUAUUAAAAUGGUCACGUAUUGGAUCGAAUCAAUUGAAUGGGGAUGAUGAUCAAAUUGAUCGAAUUAAUUAUCAAUUUACAAGUGUAUUAUUAUUAAUAUUAUUAACAUUAACUGGAUUUCGACAAUAUUUAUCUCAUCUCCCAUUACAAUGUUGGAUACCUCAAGAAUUUUCACGUAGUUGGGAAGAAUAUGCUGAACAUUAUUGUUGGGUAACAAAUACAUAUUUUGCUAAUGUUCAAUCUACACUUCCACCAGUUAAUAAUCGUACCACAAUUAUUCGUUAUUAUCAAUGGGCUACAUUUGUAUUCAUAUUACAAGCUGCUGGAUUUUUUCUACCAUGUCUUAUAUGGAGAUUACUUCAGAAUCAUUCAGGAUUUCAUGUUCAACGUAUAAUGCGUAGUGCAAUACGUUUAAAUUGUACUGAAACAGAUUCAUCACAAUUAAUUACAUAUGGUUUGGCACGUUAUAUUGACAAUGUUAUUUAUCAUAAAUCCUAUAAACAAUGGCGUAUUCAUUCACCAAAGAUAAAGUCACAGUUUAAACAAAAAACCUCAAAGAAUCAUUCUAGGAUGAAAUCCACUCCAAAAUCCACAUCACAUACAUCAUCCUCAACAACAACAACAUUAACAUCAGCAUCACAUGAAAUUGUUACUGAGACAAAACUUGUUAAAUUUGAAAAUGAAUCUUUAACAAUAGAAACGUCAUCACCUAAUCCAUGUAGAACAUUAUCGAAUGAAUGUACUGUCAUAAGAAGUUAUAAAAAAUAUCGUGCACCACAACCGCCAGUAACCACCACUACCAAUACUACUACUACUACUACUACUACUUCGACUACUACCGUUACUACUACCACAACUAUUGUUAUUACUACGAAUACGACAACUCCAACUACAGAUGCUGUAGUCACUACUAAGAAUCCUUCCAAAAUAAACUCUGAUCAAAUCAUUUAUACAUCUAGUCCUAUAUUAAAAUCAACUUCAAAUGUUACACAAUCAAAAUUGAAUUCUUUACCAAAUCGAAAUCAACAUAAAAACUUAUUUUCACCUAUAUGUAAUCCAUGUGAAUUAUGUUUUACUAAUAUAUCAAUAAUGGAUAAAAAAAAUGUUAAAUCAAAAUCAAGUCAACCAUUAGUAACUACAGGUAAAAUAAGAGAAACACCCCCAACACCAACAGCGACACCACCACCACCAACAACAACAACAACAACAACAGCGACGAGUGAGUUAACAACCGGUGAAAUUUUAUUCAACCCAAAGAAUAAUUCAAAAUUACAAGUUACACAAUCAUCAUCAUCGUCUAAUCUAUCAAUGAAUCUAUUUCAACAAAACUCUUCAUAUUGGUCAUGUUAUCCUAAUCAUCAUAAUGAACAACAUUCAUUACAUCAUCAUAAAUCCCCUUAUCAAACAAUAUACAUUCAAACUGUUUGUUAUCAACUAAUAUAUAAUUUAUGGUUAUUAAUACGUUGUUUAUUUACAUUAUUAUGUUUGUUACCAACAUGUUUAUGUCAUUGGUUACUAUGCGGUAAUCAAAAAAUUAAACGAUUCAAAUAUUAUAAUUAUAAUUAUAGUUUUUUAUUUUAUUUAUAUAUUAUUAUUAAAUUAUUAUAUUUAAUCAAUAUUAUUGGACAAUUAUAUUUAAUGAAAUUGUUUCUAGGGGUAAAAUCAUAUUUUUUUGGUUACUAUGUUAUAAAAGAUUUAAUAAAUGGUCAUAUAUGGAAUGAAACAGGACAUUUUCCACGUGUUACAUAUUGUGAUUUUGAAACAAAAAAAUUGGGAAAAAAUUACAAGUACACCCUUCAAUGUGUUCUACCAUUAAAUUUAUUUUUAGAAAAAGUUUAUGUAUUUUUAUGGUUUUGGUUUAUAUUUAUUGGUAUAUUAACUAGUUAUAGUUUAUUUAAAUGGUUAUUACGUUUAACUAUUAACCAUAAUCGUAUUCAAUUUAUAAAUAAAUUUUUAUAUACAAUACAAACUACUGAAUUUAAUCCAAUACUACUUAAAUACUUUAUUAAUCAUUAUUUACAUUUAGAUGGUCUAUUCUUAUUAUGGUUAAUCUCUAUAAAUAUAAGUGAUUUAAUUAUUCAUGAUUUAAUUAUAAAAUUAUGGAAUUUAUUUAAUAUUCGAUUAAUAACAUUGAAAUCAUCUAUAUAUGAUAAUAAUACUACUUAUAAUCCUAAUAUAAGUAGUAGUAGUAGUAGUAGUAGUAAUAGUAAUGAUCGUAUUAUUCAUCCAUUGAAUCAAAAUAUAAAGUUCUCUUAUACAAUAAAUGAUCCAAUGAUAAUCAAUGAAUCUAAUGUCAAUCCAAUGAAAUCAUCUAUCUUAUUGAAAUUAUCCAAGAAUGAACAAAAGAAUUAUCAUUCUUUGAUAUCAUCUAUAGAUUCAAUUAAAGUAACAAAAUAUAAUACAUAUAAUGAUUAUCAUAAUUCUAUGAUCUAUUCUAAACCAUUCAUUCAAUCAUAUUAUCCUGGAACUAAAUAUGGUGAUAUAAUUCAUGGGACUACUACUAAUAAUACUACUCAUAAUGUUACUCCUACUACUAAUAAUAAUGAUAUUACAACUAUUUGUCAUUCAACAGAUCUAUUUGAAAGUUCAGAUAGUAUUGUAUAAACUAUCUUGGUAAUCAUUAUGAUUUUGUGUGUGUGUGUGUGAGUGAGUGUGAAUGUAUAAAUUUUAUACAAAAUAAAAUGUAUUUACUUUGAUAAAAAGAGAAAUAGAUUAAAGUUUUCUUUUUGCUUAUGAAUUGAUCUUAGUUAGUUAGUCAGUUAGUCAGUCGACAACGGAGGACCAAGUAUAUUUAUGCAUUUGUCCAAGUUGACAUACCUCGUUAGCACAACAAGAU